CAAUGCUGUGGAGAGGGUGAAUGGGUGGGGGGCAUUUAAGAGAGCAGUAGGUGGGAGUGGAGUCUGACCGCAGAGGGUCUACUGUUUAAGAGAAAGGGAAUUCUCUCUUUCACUCACUCUCUCCCUCUCCCUGCCGCUCUUCGUCUCUCUAUUUCCCUCUCUCACCCUGUCUCUCUCUCUUUUUCUCUCUCCUCACUGGCUGCACAACAUCAGCCGGCUCUCUAGGUAGACUCGAGUAAACACUUUAAGAGAACAGAGAGAAGUGGGAAGAUGACAGAGCUGUUAGCACUCUGAAAGAUACAGACUGGUGAGAACAUUUGUCAGGACUGGCUGAUAAGGCUCCCUUUAACACAGCUGCUGCUGCUUCAAUUUCCUAAUCAGUGGAGAGGCUGUGAGCACUGUGCGUGAGGAGAAGAACAACUAUUUGAUAGUAGACUUUAUUCUGCACUCAGCUGCUACUUCCACAGAAGCUGCAGUGCUAGGGCAUCAUCAUGGAGAUGAAAAGCUUCCUCUUAGGCUGCGUGACUGUGGCCCUGCUUCUUGAGCUCUCCACCGCCGGCCUGGUCAAGAAGAUAAUCCGCCACCGUAGAGAGGCUCUAAUGCCUAAGAAAACCCAGGAGAACCUCACCCUGCCCCACCCUGACCAGCCAGUAGUGUUUAACCACGUCUACAACAUCAACGUCCCCUCCACGUCCCUCUGCUCCGUGGACAUCGACUCGCCCGGAGGCACCGAGCUCAAACACAAGAGCGCCCCAAUGGACAUGCAGAACACCGAGCACAUGGAGCACACGGAGGACGGCGACAAUCAGAUUGUUUUCACACACCGCAUCAGUAUCCCUAAGCAGGCGUGUGGCUGCGACAACCAGCUGCCGGACAUCAAGGAUAUCCUGAACAGGCUGGAGAUGCUGGAGUCAGAGCUGUCUAGUCUGAGAGAGCAGUGCAGCAGUGGGGCAGGCUGCUGUGGAGCUCAAGUUACAGGUGAAGUGUCUACAAAGCCCUACUGUAAUGGCCGUGGGAACUGGAGCACUGACACCUGCAGCUGUAUAUGUGAGCCUGGAUGGAAAGGCCCCAACUGCACCGAACCCGAGUGCCCAAAUGACUGCCAAGACCAGGGCCGCUGUGUGGAUGGCAAAUGUGAGUGCUUUGAGGGCUUUGGUGGGGAUGACUGCGGUAUUGAGCUCUGCCUGAUGGACUGUGGUGACUAUGGCCAAUGUGUAGACGGGUCCUGUCUCUGUGAGGAGGGCUUCAUCGGUGAGGACUGCACCCAGACCAACUGCCUCAACAACUGCCUGGGUCGCGGACGUUGCAUGGACGAUGAGUGUGUUUGCAAUGAGCCAUGGACGGGAUUCGACUGCUCCGAACUCAUCUGUCCAAACGACUGCUAUGACCGUGGACGCUGCAUCAAUGGCACCUGUUACUGUGAAGAGGGCUACACGGGUGAAGACUGCGGCGAGCUCACUUGUCCUGGCAACUGUAACAACCGUGGCUUGUGCGUGAAUGGCCAGUGUGUGUGCCAGACCGGCUACAGCGGAGAGGAUUGCUCGAAGCUCACUUGUCCCAAGAACUGCAAUGAGAGAGGCCAUUGCUUCAAUGGAAAGUGCAUCUGUGAUCCAGGAUUUGAAGGUGAAGAUUGCUCCAUCCUCUCCUGCCCAGACAACUGCAGCAACAGGGGACAGUGCAUUAAUGGAGAAUGUGUAUGCGACGAAGGAUACCAAGGCGAAGAUUGUAGCGAGCUCACCUGCCCUAACAACUGCCAAGACCAUGGCCGCUGCGUUAAUGGACAGUGCAUAUGUGACAAAGGCUAUGCUGGGGAGGACUGCAGCAUCAAGACCUGUCCAAAAGACUGCAUGGGACGUGGAGAGUGUGUGGACGGCAAGUGCGUGUGCUUCGUCGGCUUCAAGGGGAAAGACUGCGGUGACCUGACCUGCCCCAAUGACUGUCUGGACCGUGGUCAAUGUGUCAACGGACAGUGUGUUUGUCAUAAGGGUUUCUCUGGUGAGGACUGCAGCGAGAAGACGUGUCCCAAGAACUGUCUUGAUAGAGGUUACUGCAUCGAUGGCAACUGCAUGUGUUAUGAAGGUUUCACCGGCCCCGACUGCUCCAUACUGACCUGCCCAGACAACUGCCAGAACCAGGGACGCUGCGAGGACGGAGUAUGCGUUUGUGAUGAGGGCUUCGUUGGUGAGACUUGCUCAGAGGUCUCACCACCCAAGGACCUAACAGUGGUGGAGGUCACUCCAGAGACGGUGGACCUGUCCUGGGAGAAUGAGAUGCGUGUGAACGAGUACUUGAUCACAUACGUACCCACUGCCUCUGGAGGUCUGGAGCUGGACAUGCAGGUGCCUGGAGACCAGAAGACGGCCACUAUUCGGGAGCUUGAGCCUGGCAUAGAGUACCUGAUCAGCGUCCAUGCUGUGCUCAGCAACAAGAGGAGUGUUCCUGUCAGUGCUAGGGUGGCUACACAUCUGCCUGAGCCUGAGGGACUCAAGUUCAAGUCUGUGCGGGAGACGUCAGUGGAGGUACAGUGGGACCCAUUGGACAUUCCCUUCGAUGGCUGGAACCUCAUCUUCAGAAACACAAAAGAGGAGGAUGGCGAGAUUCUGAACUCCCUCGGCCGUCCAGAGACCACCUUUGAGCAGUCAGGCUUGGGCCCUGGCCAGGAGUAUGAGGUCAAACUGGAGGUGGUGAAAAACAACAAGCGUGGACCGCCUGCUUCCAAGAACGUUGUCACAAUGAUCGACGGCCCCAGCCAGGUGGACGUGCGCGAUGUGACUGACACCACAGCACUGGUGACCUGGUUCCAGCCUGUGGCUGAGGUGGAUGGGGUCAUUGUCUCCUACAGCCCCAGCUCCAACCCAGCUGAUCGCAAUGUGGUGGAGCUAUCCUCCACUGACACCCAGUACCACCUGGGAGGCCUCACCCCUGACACCCAGUACGAGGUGUCUCUAACAGCUCACCGGGGAGAACGGACAAGCAUUCCCGUCUAUGAGUAUUUCCUCACAGACCUGGACGCCCCCACAGACCUGCAGACAGUGGAGCUGACGGACGAGAGCAUCACUCUUCAGUGGAAGAACAGCCAGGCUCAGCUGAACAACUACCGCAUCAAGUAUGGACCUCUCUCUGGAGGUGAGCAUGGAGAGUUGCUCUUCCCCCCAGGACCCAAGGACAGCACCCAGGCCAAGAUAAGCGGCCUGAGACCUGGCACAGAGUAUGGGAUGGGUGUGACAGCGGUGAAAGAUGAGCGGGAGAGCCUGCCGACGACCACCAACGCAGUGACUGCCCUGGAUGCUCCCAAGGACCUGACCGUUGCAGAGGUGACAGAGACCACCAUGUUGCUGGAGUGGAAACACCCCCUGGCCAAACUGGACUCUUUCAGACUGGUGUAUUUAUCUGCCGAUGGCCACAGGACUGAGGUCAUGGUCCCUGGCACCUCAGAGUCUUACACCCUGAGGGGCCUUACACCUGGCAUGCUGUACACCAUCAGCAUCACUGCCGAAAGGGGUCGCAGGGCCAGUGCACCCACCACAAUCUCAGCACCCACAGAGGAGGAGAAGCCUGUGGUGACCAACGUCACCAUAAGCCAAGUAUCAUGGGACAGCUUCCUCCUGUCCUGGUCUGCAGAGGAUGGGGCCUUCCAGGCCUUUUUGAUUGAGGUUACUGACGCAGAGACAGGCAUUGAGUGGCAAAACCACACAGUGCCCGCCGAUGCUCGGAGCCUCGCAAUCUCUGGCCUCUCCCCCACCACCUGGUACAGGGCCAAUCUGUACGGGUUGUACAGGGGGACCUUCUUAGACCCUGUCUUUGCUGAGACCAUCACAGAGGCCGAACCAGAGGUGCAGGCUCUCCUGGUCUCCAGUGUCACCCCUGAGAGCUUUAGGCUGGCAUGGAUGACUGAAGAGGAUGCCUUUGACACCUUUGUCAUAAUGGUCAGCCAGGAAGAGGGCCCAGGUCAACCAAGAGAGCUAGUGCUGGGUGGCGAGGAACGAAGCACAACCAUCACAGAUCUCAUUGAGGACACUGAGUACAAAAUCGAAAUCUUUGGGCUCAUUUUGGGAAGAAGCUCCAAGUCUGUAAUGGAGGGGGUGAGAACAGACCUGGGCUCACCCAAGGGCAUCCGCUUCUCUGAUGUCACCGACACAUCGGCCACCGUUCACUGGGUGGUUCCAAGAGCUCGGGUGGACAGCUACAGGGUCACUUAUGUGCCCGCUCAUGGAGGUAAUGAUAAGACACUGGCAGUGGACGGCUCUGUGUCUCAGACUGUACUGCCCAACCUGACCCCCGGGGUCACCUAUGAGGUCACUGUUGUCUCUGUCAAGGGUCAAAGGGAGAGUGAGCCGGGAUCAGACAGCAUCACCACAGCUUUGGAUAAGCCCCGUGGUCUGACUGCAGUCAACAUCACAGACACUGAAGCUCUGCUGCUCUGGCAGCCCGCCAUAGCCACCGUAGAUGGCUACGUCAUCACCUACAGUGCAGACUCAGUGGCUCCAGUGAUGGAACGUGUGUCGGGUAACGUGGUGGAGUUUGAGAUGAGCUCUCUGACGCCAGCAACACAUUACACUGUGAAGGUCUAUGCUGUGAGGGACUUGGCCAAGAGUGCAGCAACUACAACCGAGUUUACAACUGAUGUGGACGCCCCUCAGGACCUAGCGGCGAGUAAUAUCCAGACGGAGAGCGGCAUGCUGACCUGGAAGCCGCCUCGUGCUUACAUCACCGGGUACAUCCUCAGUUUCGAGUCUGCUGACGGCACUGUGCGGGAGGUGGUCCUGAGUCCUACUGCUGUAUCCUAUAACAUGGCUCAGCUCAGCACCUCCACAGAGUAUUCAGUCAGGCUGCAGGCAAUUGCUGGUCCUAAGAGAAGCCGAGUCAUCACUACUAUCUUCACCACCACUGGCGUGCUGUACAGAUACCCCAGGGACUGCUCACAGGCCCUGCUAAAUGGUGAAACCGCAUCAGACCUGUAUACCAUCUAUCUGGGUGGAGAUGAGAGCCAGCCAGUCCAGGUCUACUGUGACAUGAGCACCGAUGGAGGUGGAUGGAUCGUUUUCCUCCGACGCCAGAGUGGCAGACUUGAGUUUUUCCGCAACUGGAAGAAUUACACAGCCGGCUUCGGUGACAUGAAUGAUGAAUUCUGGCUGGGUCUUUCCAACCUGCAUAAGAUCACAGCCGGAGGUCAGUACGAGCUGCGAGUCGACCUGAGAGAUAAGGGAGAAACAGCCUACGCUCAGUACGACAAGUUCUCUGUCUCUGAUCCCCGGACCCGCUACAAGGUCCACGUAGGAGGAUACAGUGGAACAGCAGGUGACUCGAUGACCUACCACCAUGGCCGUCCAUUCUCCACUUACGACCACGACAAUGACAUCGCUGUAACUAACUGCGCCCUGUCCUAUAAGGGAGCCUUCUGGUAUAAAAACUGCCACCGCGUCAAUCUCAUGGGACGAUAUGGAGAUAACAGUCACAGCAAGGGUGUGAACUGGUUCCACUGGAAAGGCCACGAGCACUCGAUCGAGUUCGCUGAGAUGAAGAUCAGGCCAUCCAACUUUAGAAACCUGGAGGGACGAAGGAAACGGUCAUAAAUGAUCCACCGCCAACGAAAACAACAACAACCACACUGCUACCACUCUGUCUGGACUCCCCAUAAACCACCUCGACUCCUACACCCACACACCCCGCAGCGACCAAAGCCACUGCCAAGAGCACUGCUGCCUCCACGCAAAACCAACACACAUUCCCUCCCCACAUUCACAAAUUCACAGCUCAACCUCAACACCCUCCCCUUCUGUGACACGGUUGUGGAAAUGCUGCCAGCGUGCGACGUGCAUGUUACAAACUGGACUUAAAUCAAGCCCACACAGAUUCUUCUCACGCACCAAAGAGAGCAAAAACAACUCGAUCUCAUGAUCUCUGAUUCUGAUCCUUUUUUUUUUUCAGCGUUUGUGGGGAGGCAAGUGUGCAGCUUGGGCAUUAUGUUGUGUACAGUAAUUAACAGUCCCCUAUUUCACAUCCAAGCCACAUUUGGGGUUUUACAGAAAGGACAGGCUGUUUAUAAUACAAUGUGGUCUUGUUUAGGUUUAGGGCCUCUUUAAUAAAACCGAUAAUACAGUGAUAAUUCCAACGGAUUAUCCUAGAAAUUCUAUUCCUUGUACAGUGCUGUACAUGUAUACAUCUGAUUUAAACAUUUGAAAAGGGACAUUCCUCAGAUGCUCAGAUGUCAGAUAUCUCCAUCUAAUUUUCCAUUUGUUUGUCUCUGUGCGACUUAACUUGUCUCAGUGUCACUUUAUCCUCCCCGGGUACCCUCAUCCCCCGCAACAUGAGACAACACACAAUGUUAUAGAAUGUGAACGAAAAGUGAAAAAAAAAAAUUGUAUGGAAAAGUACUUUUACCCACCAUAUGCCAUGACCACGUGGAUGGCAAUGUUUCCAUUCAUUAUGUGAGCCUCUGAAGGCAUCAUGCUACAGCCACAGUGUCGUGUUUUAAAAAGCUAAAGAGCAGAGAAAAGAAAAGCUGAUGUGUUUCGAUUUGUUUUGUUUCUCUUUUGAAUCCGAGGCAGGACCUGUUAUUCAGUAAUGAAACCCAGUGAUUACUUUUUUUAAACUUUUUUUUGCAAAAUGUGAAUACUAUGGAAAAGAAUUUUAAAAAAAAUGUAAAAUGUAAAAAAUGUAUUUGAGUUGUGACAAAAAUUUAAUUCUGACUUUAAAGUUUAAGACAGAAGUAAAAAUAUUUUUUUGCAAUUCUGAAUUUAAAGUUAAAAGACAAAAGUAAAAAAAAAGAUUAAUUAAAUCUGACUUUAUUCCCAGAAUUCUGACUUUAAACUCAGAACUCAAAUCCAUUUUUCACAUGCCCUAAUCCUCCUCCAUAGAAUACAGUGCAUAUACGUGGAACAAAAGAAUGUGAUGUUGUUGACACAAAAGAUGUUGAUGCUCGUGACAUGAAAAAAAGGCCAAUUCCAAUUGAACCCCAUAAGGAGUCCAUAAGGUCCCUGUGCUUCUGUCGAUGACAAUAGUGUUUGAACAGGCCCCUGCUACGGCAGCAUACUAAACCACUGACCUUCUAAAGAAUGCCUGUGUAAAUUAAGUUUGUUUUUAUUGUUUUGUUUGUUUAUAACUGGGUGAACAACAGGUGUUUCUCUGUAAACUGUAUUACAAUAAAACAGUUUGUUUAAAAGGAA